AUGGCGGCGGUCGUCCUCGAGGCGGACGUCGACGGCUUCUUCGACCUCGACGAGGCGCCGGGCCCCGCGCGCGGGGCGCGCGCGCCCAAGGGUCGGCGGACCCCGACGAGCGCGCCCAAGGCGGCGGCGCCGACCGGGCCCGACGAGGACGACGGGUGGGUGAAAGUCGCGUCGUGGGAGUGGGAGGCGAGCCCGGCCGCGGAGCUCGAGGAUUUGGGGAACGAGGCCUUCCGGGCCGGCGACUACGCGGGCGCCAUCGCCAAGUACAGCGCCGCCCUCGACGAGGCGCCCGACGCGCCCGAGGGCAAGGCCGCGCUCUACGCGAACCGGGCCGCCGCGCACGCCAAGCGCGGCUCGCACGUCGCGGUCGUCACGGACUGCAGCUCCUGCCUCGCCCUCGAGGGCGCCUACGUCAAGGCCCUCGUGCGCCGCGCGAACGCGCUCGAGAAGCUCGGCCACCGCCUCGAGGCCAUCGAGGACCUCGAGGCCGCGCUCGCCGCCGACGUCCGCGGGCCCGCGCUCGCCAAGGCCAAGGCCGACCUCGUCCGCCUCCGCAAGAUGGAGAAGCGCACGGCCGAGUGA